GGCGAUUUGAUGAAACUGUGAUUGAAGAAAGAAUGCAGUGUGCUGAAGAUCUGUUGCAGUUUUCUGCCACUAUCCCUGCUCUCUACAACAGCAAACAGCUUGAAGAGUUCUUUAAGGGUGGGGAGGUGCAUGAUGGAUCUGAACUGAUUGGUCCUGUCGAGCCUCUGUCUGACUCUCUGACUGACACCAUGUCUGACUGCAGCUCUGAAGUUCGAAAGGAUUUAAGUGGGCUUGAUGAUGUGACACUUACGAGCCAAUCAGAAUGUGGAGGCUUCUCCAGUGACAGUGACCUGAUCUCUCUGACGGUUGAUGUAGACUCUCUUGCUGAGUUAGAUGAUGGAGUGUCAUCCAACCAAAGUUCUCCCAGUAGAACUGUUGGCCUCUGCCUUACUUCUGAACCCCUGGUACAAAGCACACUGGCACCUGAGCAGGAGUGGAGCAAACCUGAAGCAGAGAGGGAAAGCCAUGGUUUGUUUACUGGAAGCUUAAAACCCAAGCCUGGUAAACAAGAUUACUUGGAGAAAGCAGGUGAGUUGAUAAAACUGGCCUUGAAGAAGGAGGAGGAAGAAGAUUAUGAAACUGCCUUCAGCUUUUAUAGAAAGGGGGUUGAUCUGCUUCUGGAAGGUGUUCAAGGUGAAUCAAGUCCAACUCGUCGAGAAGCAGUGAAAAGGAAGACUGCAGAAUACCUUAUGCGUGCUGAAAAAAUUUCCAGUCUCUACCGUAAAUCCUCUGAAGAUGCAUCUGCUUCUAUGCCUCCAGGAUCACUAAGUUCAAGGCCCUCUUGGAACCUAAGGAGCCCUGCCGAGGAACUGAAGGCCUUCAGAGUCCUUGGGGUGAUUGACAAGGUAAUUCUUCAGUGUCUCUUCAAGAGUUCAGUCAUAAAUUGACUGCAUGCUGACAUUGUCUUUGAAGCUGUGGAUCUUAAGGAUAUGAAACAAAAGGGGAAAAUGACUCAAAUGCAUCUGCACUUUAAAAUAACAAAAGUAGAAGAAAAAAAGGCUUUUAUCUAA